CUUUUUCUGUUCUGAGGGGGUGGGGAGCGAGUGGGCCAUGUGAAAGGUGCAAGAGACCCUCUGUUCGAGCAGUUGUGCUGCUAGAGAAUUGACGGAUUCAAAGAACAUGGAAAUCAGGAAUGAACAGGAUUUUCUUUCUCUUGGACGCAAGGAGUAAACGGAAGUUGUUGGCUGCAAGCACAUAAAGGGGGAGUGCUCACAGAUUUCCGGAAAGAUACAGAUCAGAGGAGAGAUAGGCCGUGAAAAUCUCCUGAAGGUUAGAGGACACCGAUUGUAAGAAGAGGAAACCACUAAAGUAGCACAUGCCAUUUUAUACCUCGAUUAAAUGCAGCAUCAAUAUAUGUGACUAACUACAGAAGCAUAUCUAAUACAUGCGUUGCUAGAAAAGUGAUUCCAGUGAAUGAGAACAUCCUAUUGGAAACUGUCAAUUGGAAAAGACAUUUGAAUUUAUCAUUGGACAUGCUUACUGUUUAAUAACUCUGUAUUUUUUUACGUUACAAUAAUAGAAUUUGUGCAACUCUGACACAUUGCCUCUGUCACUGAGGAAGUUUUUGUAGGAUUUCUGAGAGAAACUCUAACAACAACAACCAAUCCAUAUUAACUGUUAUUUGCUGGUGUGGUUAAGGAAAAUACAAAUGUUUCUAAACUCUAUCCUUGUGGUCAUUACUGACCUGGCAGCUGGACUUCUUGGCAACUCAUCAUUUCGACGUCAUUUUCAUUUGUUGCUGUCAGCAUUACUUUUGUUUGGUCCCCUCCUGAAUCUAUGGGUUUCCCAUUAUAGUGUGUUUGCAAAGAGGACUCACUUUCUCUACAGGGUUUUCCUGCGCUCAGGCUGGGGCUGGACCUGCAUCUUUGUUGGCUCUUUUGUCUUCGUCCUCUCUUUCUCAGUUCGUCGCUCACUCACACUUUCUCUGCGACACCUUUCUCGGCUAGCUGUGGCAGGUGGAUUGUGGCUGGGCUUUCGCAAACUGCUUUGUCUGUUGGAGAAUGCCACCGGGAGCUGUUACGAGCCCCUCAGCUCCACUCUUGAACUGGCUUCAGGGACCAAUGGAGAUGGCCAACCUUUACUGCUUUUACGGGAAGGUGAAACAAAGGAGGCCUGCGUCCGCUCUGGCAUGUUGUGGCGUGGCUAUGAAGUAUCUGAAGAUGCCCUCCUACUGUGUUUGUGCUGCCUGCUUCUAGCUGAAGAGACUGCAGUAUUUGGGCCCUACCUUAACCUGGGUGGACCCUCUGAAGCCCCGCUGCGCAUCCUCUUCCUGUUCUGUGUCCUGCUGUUGAGUCUCUGGGUGUUCCUGCUGCUCUGUCUGCUGGCUUACUUCCCACAAUUUCCUACUCAGCUUCUGGGAGGCGCUCUGGGUUGUUUGAGCUGGAGAGCAUUAUAUCAGGGCUGGUACCGACUUGGACCUAGUUGGUACUGCCCUGGGAGGCCAGGGGUGGGACUUUUGUCUACACAGAGCAAACAGGAUGAGACAUCUGAGCCACUGUGUGAAAAUAAUGCUAAAGAGAUCAACUAGAAAAGGCUUGAAGAAUUAAAGCUUGGCUGAAUUAUA